ACUUGAUAAAUCAUUUUAACAAAAUAAAAAAUAAUUUUUCACUAUGUUUUCCAUUUUAAUAAUAUUUUCAAUAAUGUACGCUAAUACUUUGGCGCAAAUACCAAUUUUUGAAGAUCCACAAAUUAGUCCAAUGGAAAAUUUCGACAAGUCACAGUACAUUGGUGAUUGGUAUGAGAUUGCAAGAAUUCCAAAUAUUUUUGAAUUAGGACAAAAGUGUUCAACUUUUACUUACAAAUUAAAUGAACGAAAAGGAUCAUUAUUUGAAGUAAUAACAACAAAAAGUGAAAUUACAAAUAAAAUUCAUAAACAAAUAGCUAUUAAUUCUCCAGCAAGAGAUCAACCAGCAUCAGUUUUCAAUGUAUAUUAUGCUUGGUUAAUUAAAAUUGGUAAACUAACAAUUUUAAGUACUGAUUAUAAAAAUUAUGCAGUGAAAACACUAGUUACCCCGUUGAUUGGCACAAGUCGUCUACAAAUGGCAUGGAUACUCUCAAGAAAUCCAACACUUUCUUCUGAAUAUCAUCAACUUGCUGAGGAUGUUUUACGUGCAAAUAAUAUUUCUCCAGCGACAUUGAAACCUACUAACCAAAUUGAUUGUUGAAAUAUUUUUUAUAUUUAAUAGUUUUUCAUUUAUACAAACAUGUAAACUCAAAUUACUUAUUUUAAUUUUAAUUAUUUAACAAGUACCCAAGUGAUAAAAAAAAUAUAUAAAUAAAUAAA